CAACCUCAACCACAACUCAGUGAGAAUAUUGAAGAUCACUCCACAACACAACACCCACUCCACACCACCGUUCACCCAUCCACCUGUCGACACAAAAGCAAGCCUUUACAUAGCCGACAAUGUCAGCCGCCCUGCAACGCAAGCUCCUUGAGGAGCUGAUGGGCAAAGAGGCCCUCGGCGGCGUGCCUGACAAUAUGAAGUUUACAGAUCCGCAGGUCUGCAAGGAUUACCUUUGUGGAUUAUGCCCCCACGACCUCUUCACCAACACGAAGAUGGACAUCGGCCCCUGCAACAAAUCCCACUCCCCCAAACUCCUCGAAGAAUACAAGCGCGCCGUCAGCGAGGCGGGACACCCGGGGUUCCAGGAGGAAUGGUUCCGCUCGCUUUCGGAGUUUGUCAAGGAUUGCGAUCGGAAGGUGGAUGCUGCGCAGAGACGGCUGGAUAAGACGCCGGAGGAUGCGCGGGCGGUGCAGUUGAGCAGGGAGAUCGGGGACCUGACGAACGAGAUCGCGACGCUGACGGGACAGGUGGAGACGUUGGGCGAGGAAGGAAAAGUGACCGAGUCGAUGGAGCUCAUGAACAAGGUGGAGGAUUUGCAAAAGCUGAAGGAUGACAAAGAGAGGGAAUUGAAACAGUUGACGGGCGCCGAGGGAAACUCGCAACAGCAGAAACUGCGAGUGUGCGAGGUGUGCUCUGCGUAUCUGUCCAUCUUUGAUAGUGAUAGGCGGCUGGCGGAUCAUUUUGGCGGGAAGAUGCACAUGGGCUUUGUCAAAAUCCGCGACCAAGUCGACGAAAUGAAAAAAUCCGGGUUCAGCGCUGGCGGCGCGUUCGGCGGCGGGGGCGGACACUUCUCUCAUCAAAACAACGGGGGGAACUACAACAACAACAACAACUCCCAUGACGGCGGGCACUACAACAACCGGGAUCACCACGGAGGCGGUGGUGACAUGCGCCGCGGCGGGUACGGUGGCGGCCCCAGGGGCGGAUACGGCGGCGGUGGAGGGUACGGAGGUGAUAGGGGCGGGUAUGGCGGGCCCCCGCAGGGCGGGCAGGGACGGUAUGGGGGGUAUGAUCGCCGGCCCGGGGGGUAUGGGGAUCAUGGACGGGGUGGCGGACGGCGAUACGACCAACGCGAGGAUUAUAACCGGCCGGGGAGCGGUGGGGGUGGGGAGAGGGACCGGGAGCAUGGAAGGGAUAGGGAACGGAGACGGUCGCGGUCGCCUGGGGGUGGGGAAAGGAGGACGAGCAGGUAUUGAGGUGUGGAGGGAGAAAGGGAGAUGUUGAGCGAUGCGGGGGGGGGGGGGGGGGGGGAGGGUUGUGGG